AUGCGAUUCGAGUCGGAUAUACUUACACCAGGGCACGCCGAGGGAUCCAAAAUCCGAUUCGAGGCCAUCGAACCCGAAGAAGCCGGAGCGAGAAACCGGGUCGUAAGGCGAGACGCAGACGAAUCUCCGGGAGUUGAAGAUGAGGGAGAAGAUGAGGAGGAGGACGAGAGCGAGAAGGAGGAGGCAGGGCCAGACUGGUCCGGUUCGGGUCAAGUAGUUGGUGAUUCGGGUUGUGAAGAAGGAGAUGGGCAAGUGUUUCUUGGUUUUGGACUCGUCGGCAGCUACGGCAUCGUUUUCGGCCGCGGCUUCGUCCGCGUAGAGCGCGUUCCGGCGGGAGGAGAGGGCUCGUUCGAGCAUUUUGGUUGGUGA